GAUUACCCGAUGUUGUGCAAUCCGCCGGGUUGCUAUUUCGGGAACAUUACGUUCGAAAACAAGCACAAUUACACCAUAAUACAAUCCUUUCUGAGUAAGUUUGCUUAUAUUUGUGAAAGGUUACCCUUUAAUGGUACAACUUUUAUUUUUGGAGUGGAAUAGAGAGGUGAGGAAGCGUGAUAUAGCCUCGAAUUUAUUAUUAUACCGGUAUCAGGGAUAUCCCAGACAAUCGAUUUCCCCCAAAGCUCCAUAUAAAGGGGGAAGGCCUGUCAACCAUUUAGGAUACAAGAAUCACUGGAGCAAGACAAAGCAAGAAGAAAAAAUAUACCUCACAUUCAUCUCCUUUUGGAACAUCACCUUGACAACAAUAAUUCAAUUUCGACAAGAAUUUCUGAAAUACAACUGAAAUCAUGAGUACUGGAGGAAAAGUGGCCUGGCCUGCUGCCAACCCGUGGGGGAAGAGCCCGCCUGUUGCUGUUUCAUCACUGAGUAGCGUCAUGGAUGAGGAGUAUGCCUUGCAACUGCAGAAGGAGGAGGAGAGAGUUGAUGUGCCCAAAGCUCAAGCAAGUCCCACAUAUGACAUCGCAUGUGAUGUGCAGACUGAAGAUGGCAAGGAAACCAGCAGUGAUCUCCUACUGGCUCAGAUGCUUCAGCUUCAGUAUGACCGAGAGUACGAUGCUUCACUCACAAGAGAGGAACAGAAAUACAACAAAGAUAGCAAAGUGAGCAUUUCUUUCUCAAACUACCGUUCUGUCCACCCUGCAUAUGAUGACGACGACGACGAUGAAGACGAUGAUGAUUUUCAAGAAGAAUGGAUUCUCGGUGAUGAAGGAAGAGAAGCAGAAUUACUUGGAGCUGGAAGCACUCCCGCUGGACAAAAGAAGUCUAUCGUUACCAAACAUGACGCACAAGUAUGUGGAAGGAAGAAUGCCAGUCGAGUGAUGGAUCAGUUUCCCCCUGAUUUUCCGAGUGGUAAUAGCUUUGGGAUGGAUAUGAAGCUAUCAAACAGCGUCUACAACGUCCUUAAGAUUCACUCACAGAAAGAAGAGAGUAAAGCACAGAGAUUACACGAGAAGAAAGAACAUUCAACUGCCGAAAUGGCUGUUGAUUCUCGUACCAGAAUCAUGUUGUAUAAGCUGGUCAAUAAUGGUCUUCUAGAUUCCAUCACUGGUACCAUCAGUACCGGUAAAGAAGCAGUCGUCAUCCAUGCAUACGGAGGACAGAUGGACGACCACAUUAUACCAGCCGAGUGUGCGUUGAAGGUCUUCAAGACGACGCUAAACGAGUUCAAGACAAGGGAUCAGUAUAUCCGCAACGAUUAUCGGUUCAGAGCUAGGUUCAAGAAGCAGAACCCUCGAAAGUUCAUCCACAUGUGGGCUGAGAAGGAAAUGCAUAAUCUCAAUAGGAUGCGAGAAGCUGGGAUCAGGUGCCCGGAGGUGGUGUUGCUACGGAAACACAUCCUGGUGAUGUCAUUCAUCGGUAAAGACCAGAAGGCAGCUCUCAAACUGAAGCAUGUCAAAUUCUCAGUCAGCGAGGCGCAGUGUGUCUAUGAAGAAUGCCUGGAGAUGAUAGAGAAGUUAUACCGCCAGUGUAAUCUGGUCCAUGCUGAUUUGAGUGAAUAUAACAUCCUGUGGCAUGAAGGUCAUCUAUGGUUCAUCGACGUCAGUCAGUCGGUAGAGCCAACGCACCCUCAUGGUUUGGAGUUCCUCCUCAGGGAUUGUACAAACAUCAGCAACUUUUUCCGUAAGCUUGGUGUCCAUGGUGUUCUGAAGCCGCAUGAACUGUUUAACAGAGUCACUGGAUUGGAUCUACAGUACGGCAAUGAGCAGGAGUUUCUAGGCCAGAUUGAAGCCCUUCAGCAGAGUCAGAAGUUCAAACCGUCUAGUCCGAAGGAGAACAACUUUGCUUUUGAUUACUUCUUUGACAAGAUCAAGGGGGAAGAUGCGUCAACACAAGAAGAAGAAGAAGAAGAAGAGAAGAUAGGAGGAGGAGAGAAUCAAGCUGAUGAUGGGAGCAGUGUUCAAGCUACGGUUUCCUCAAAGAAGGAUUAAUUCUCACGAUUAUGUCGCGCGUGAGGAGAUGGAGGGGUUCGGGAUUAGUUUGUGUUGAAAUAUCCAGAAGUAGAUUUAGGCGUAGAUGACAGUGGCUUUCACCAGAGGUUUUUUUAUUACAGAGCUAUUUUUAUUUUGUCUUUUAAUAUAUUCUUGCGUUCCCUCUAAGUCUUAGUACCGUGGUGUUCUUUCCUAUCUCCCACUCUUUCUUUCUGUGUUUUCUCUUUCUUUAUCUCUUUCACCCCUCCUAUUUUUUCCACCUUCUCUAUCCCCCCUCUCUCUUCCCUGUUUCUCUUUCCGUCCCAUCCCUUUCUCCCUCUUUUCCUUUCUAUCUUGCUUUGUCUCUCUUCACCCCUAGUUCUUUUCUGCUGUCUGUCUAUUUUUCUUCCUCUUGUUUCCCCCUCCUUCCCUUUCCCCUCCUUUUCUCCCUCUUUCUCUUCCUGUAUUCACCCCACCCACAAUCUUUCUCUCUAUCCUCAUAUCUCUAUCCUCACAUCUCUAUCUUCAUCUUGCCUUUAAAUCUAUUUUUGGAUACUAUUUCACUCAUCAUGUUAGACCGAGUAUGUAAUUCAAAUUGAAUUCCAGGAUCCCAUCUCACAAAGAGUUGCGAUUGAUUCAAUCGAUCUCAACUAUAUGGAAAUCCAUCAUUGUCACAAUUUUCCUACUAAAAUUUUGCAUGAAGUUCUUUUGUGAGCAAAGAGGAGCACAGCAAUUUGUCAAGACAACAAGGAAUGUUGUAGUAUACGUUUAUCUGGUAAACUUUUAAACAAAAUGCAUUGUAGAUGUUGGCGGUGCUGGCUUUCCAUAGUUGUGGUUGAUGGGAUCAAUCGCAACUCUUUGUAAGACGGGGCCUAAAGGAAUGGUUAUGUUAAAAACUGAGCUGUUCAAACUUCUAGACGGGCUGUACGAUAUGGUAAAUGAUAUAAAAUAUUGAUACAUUAAAACUUCAAUGAAAAGAUGAUAUUGGGUCCAUAGUAUAUUAUGUCUCAUAUUACUGCAUUGUAAAAUAGAAUAAGGUUUUUGUAUGUUUGAUGUCUGCUUUGAAAUGCUACAGUGAACCAAGGUCAUGAAUAUUACCCCCAUUACACUGUCAAAUUUGCCAAGAAUUGAGGCAUCAAAGGCUGUGAAAAGAUCAACCCGAACCAUUCCUCCCUCAUCUGUUGCACCUGGGCUCUGUUGCAUAAAAGUUACUAUUAUGGUAACUGCCACCCAAUGGUAACUACCAUGGUAACGCUGAUCACCAGCCAAUCAAAAUCAAGGAUUCCAUGCAAGUUACAAUUGCAUGGCCAAGUUACCAUAAUGGUAACUUUUAUGAAGAAAAGGUGGUUUAUGAACAUUAUUUGACAAUGGUUGACAAUUAUUCAAUCAGGGAAUGAUUUAUCGCCUUGGUUUUUCAGCUGGUGAGAAUACCCAAAUAUGUUCCACUAAUAUCAGAAAUAUCAACUGUUCGUUCUUUUUAGUCAUUUUUUACUGUCCUUUCAUACUGCUGGUUACCUAUAAGAAUUCAAAAUAGUAUUAUUUACAUGUGCAUUGCAAAUAACCUUGAAAUUAUCUUUUCUCACCCACAAUACUUAUAACAGCCCUCAAAAUACUGUGAUUUUAUAUUAUGUUAACCGUGUAGUAUCGUGCAGCCCUGAUUGUGAGUAAUAUUAUACAUUUUGCCACAACUUGAUGAAAUAGAAAGAACAGUUUGUAAUGUUUAUCCGGAAAUUAAUUGCCAAAUAUGCAUGUUUUAAUAGACUAUUUUUAAAGGGUCUGUCUUGUUAUUAGAUUUUGAAUUCCUCACCCUAGUACAAUGCAGUUAUAUUGAUUGUCUAAUGAAUGGAAAGAAAAAAUUGGACAUUUCAUACAUGUACACCUGAAUGACUGUAUUUUUAACUUUUAAGACUUACUCAACACUUCAAUUAAUUAUCUUAGGCCUUUGUUUUAAAUAAAUACCUGACUUAGAUUUACAUGUAUAAUAACUUUAUGAAUAUUUUAUUCACAUUUCUCCCUCAUGUUCUCGUUUAAUUGUAGAAUUAUUGUUUUUAAUUCAAUGACAGCUUUUAAUUCUGUUCUGAAGCAUUUUCAAACUCAGAUGUUUGAGAGAAUUUAAAAUGUGCAUAUUAAUUUGCAGGUACAAUCUAUACAUGGGCAGAGGAAAGUAAUGGAUGACAAAUGUGAUGCGUUGAGUAUUGUAACAAGGGCCUGCCAAAUGUCGCUGUCUAAUGAUGUCAUCCAAACAAUGAGUGUGUAUGUUUAUAUGACUCUCGCUCAGUCUUCAUUGAUGUCAACAGGAUGUGCUUCUAGUUUUUCUGGUGGGUGUUUCAUAAAGCUGUUUGUAAGUUAAGAGCGACUUAAGAAUGACUGGUGAUCCUUUCUUGUGGUAAAUGGUAUAUUCAUUGGCGAUGAUUUUAAAGCGUGUAAGAAAGGAUCACCAGUCGUUCUUAAAGUCGCUCUUAACUUUAUACGAACAGCUUUAUGAAACGGCCCCCAGUUCUGUUAUUGUAACUCCUAUAGGAACUCAGUAGAUCAGCUUACUGCAGGUAUAAUGCCAAGCUGGUAUAUAACCAAUUUCAUAGGUUUAUGUCUAAGUUAACCAGGCAUAGUGUUAUGUUUUUCUCUUUUUAUUGAAAUCAACUUAUUUUUUAAGGGGGGAUUUGUCUUUUAAGGUUUGCUCAUACAUUAUGCCCGAGAGUAAAAAUCGGGUAGACCACUUGGAUAGCCCAUACACUAUACCUCAUGUAAUUCAUUAUUUAAUUCGUUAUACCGAACAAUUUUUGUCUCACCUGCAUAGCAGAGUGAGACUAUAGGCGCCGCUUUUCCGACGGCGGCGGCGACGGCGAUGGCGGCGGCGGCGGCGACGGCGUCAACACCAAAUCUUAACCUGAGGUUAAGUUUUUGAAAUGACAGCAUAACUUAGAAAGUAUAUGGACCUAGUUCAUGAAACUUGGCCAUAAGGUUAAUCAAGUAUUACUGAACAUCCUGCCUGAGUUUCAUGUCACAUGACCAAGGUCAAAGGUCAUUUAGGGUCAAUGAACUUAGACCAUGUUGGGGGAAUCAACAUCAAAAUCUUAACCUAAGGUUAAGUUUUUGAAAUGUCAUCAUAACUUAGAAAAAUAUAUGGACCUAGUUCAUGAAACUUAUACAUAAGGUUAAUCAAGUAUCACUGAACAUCCUGCAUGAGUUUCACAUCACAUGACCAAGGUCAAAGGUCAUUUAGGGUCAAUGAACUUUGGCCGAAUUGGGGGUAUCUGUUGAAUUACCAUCAUAACUUUGAAAGUUUAUGGAUCUGAUUCAUGAAACUUGGACAUAAUAGUAAUCAAGUAUUACUGAACAUCCUGUGCAAGUUUCAGGUCACAUGAUCAAGGUCAAAGGUCAUUUAGGGUCAAUGAACUUUGGCCAAAUUGGGGUAUUUGUUGAAUUACAGCCAUAAAUUUGAAAGUGUGUUGGUCUAGUUCAUAAAACUUGGACAUAAUAGUAAUCAAGUAUCACUGAACAUCCUGUGCGAGUUUCAGGUCACAUGAUCAAGGUCAAAGGUCAUGUAAGGUCAAAGAACUUUGGCCACGUUGGGGGUAUUUGUUGAAUUGCCAUCAUAUCUCUAUAAGUGUAUUGGUCUAGUUCAUAAAACGUGGAAAUAAGAGUAACCAAGUAUCACUGAACAUCUUGUGCGAGUUAUAGUAGUUUUCAAAAUCAGCACUGCUGCUAUAUUGAAUCGCGUGAUGCAGGUGAGACGGCCAGAGGCAUUCCACUUGUUAAUUGAUCCACCUUGUAUUAGUUCUUGUAUUUGCUAUAUGAUACCAUCAAUGCUUGCAUUGACAUUUUUAAUUCCCUUAUAUUGUUAUGGUGAUAAAAUCUUAGACAAUUUACAACUUUUUAGGAGAGUGUGAAAACAAACUGGGGGUAUUUCACAAAGAUUUUAGUACGAUUUAGAGUCACACUUCAACGCUGACGUGUACAUGAUAUAUAACGCGCAAUCUUAUUUAUCAACUCUUUGAGCAGCGCUGGGUCAUGAGCUCGUCUGUGCUUAAUUAUUUUCAGGGAGGGAAACAGUGGAUUGUUUGUUUCAGCAUGAAAUGCGAAGUUCAUGUGGCACUGUUUGUGCAUUGGUGUGAGGUACACUUGGAAAAGGUUAAUAUGCAGUAGUGUAUCUUUUUCGCAUGUAAUGCAUGUAAGUGCGACUCUUGAGUCAUAAUUGAAUCUGUGUGAAACACCCCCCUGGUAUAGUAUUGUUCUCUUCAUUACCAGAGUAAUAGGCUAGCAUUAUUUUGCACUUUGAAAGUGUAGACUUAAGGAGCAUGAUAUAGCUCAGAGAAUGAUAUAUGAUUUUCAAAGAGAUUCAAUUACUAGGUCCCAUAUCAUUGUGGUGAGUGAUAGAUAUUUUAUUAUUGAUUUUCCAAUCUAUUUAUCGUAAUUCCAUCAAUUCGCUAUUAUGAUAACAUGACUAGUCUCAUAACCGAUUGUUGUGUAUAUUUCAGUGUUAUAAUGAAAUUGAAUUUCUGUCAUAAUAUUUUGAAUUUAAAUGUGGGAAUUUGCAUAUUUCAAGGGCUAAUCAAUUAUAUGGACAUUGUUCUCUGUCUUGAACAGGAUAAAUUCAAAUAAAAUUCUAUAAGGACAGCUUCAAAGGAAAA